CCUGAUUAGCAUAAACAGCUCACUCACAUCGUCAAAACCCCACGCUAUUUGUCACCUAGUAAUUAAUUAAUGAGUCCAUUUCUUCAUUAAUUCUUCAUCUCCUUCUCAAACCAAGUAAUUCAUUCCACUAAUCAUAUGCAAUUCAUCUACCAUCCAUUUUCAUUAUGCCUCAUCGCAGGGCACUAUGUUUUCCUCUCGCCACCCUAAUCUUAUUUACAGUAGUAAUAUUACUCCAUGCAGUUCCCGGGUCGGCUGAUGAUGCCGACGCCCUCAUCGCCUUCAAGAAUUCCCUCUCGAACCCCUCCUUGCUCUCCGAUUGGACGAAGACCACUCCUCCAUGCAGCGGCAAUACUUCAAACUGGGUGGGCGUGCACUGCAACAAUGACGGGGACGUAGAUAAACUGACACUGGAGAGUAUGGGGCUGUCGGGCCAGAUUGAACUCGACUCGCUAGCACAGCUGCUCAAGAUGAGAGCCUUGAGUUUCAAGAACAACAGCUUCGAGGGCGGGUUGCCUGCCGGACUCACUAAACUCACAUUCUUGAAGACUCUCUACUUGUCGUUUAAUCAAUUCUCCGGUGUGCUUCCGGACAAUGCUUUUCUUGGGAUGAGUUCAUUGACUCAGCUCUUUUUGGGAUAUAAUGAUCUGAGUGGGCCGAUUCCUUCUUCACUCGUACCGUUGUCCAGGCUUGUUAGACUCGGUUUGGAGGAUAACCGGUUUGAAGGUCAGAUACCGGAAUUUCAACAACAGUUCACUUACUUUAACGUCUCCGGUAACCAUUUGAAGGGUCAUAUUCCUUCUGCCCUCUCUGCCCUCGAUAUCACCUCUUUCACAGGGAAUGAUGGGCUGUGUGGAAAGCCGCUGCUGGCAUGCAAGUCCUCAAAGCAUAAGAUGCUCAUAAUUAUAGUGGUGGUAGCAGCCUCUGUGCUUGCAUUAGCUGCCAUACUCGCAUUUGCUUAUUUGCGCAGCCGUCGCCGCCGCCAAGGAACCAAAACCACCCAAAUAAACCAGCUCCAAGUUCAAAGAAGCCAGCCCCAGACAAAAUUUGCAAAUAUUGACGACGGGAAGACAAUCGAAAAUAAUGAUAAUAACGGGAAGCUUCAUUUCGUGAGGAAUGAUCAGGAAAGGUUUGAGCUGCAAGAGCUGCUGAGGGCCUCUGCAGAGGUGCUGGGCAGCAGUGAAUUCGGGCCGUCUUACAAGGCAGUGGUAACGGAUGGACGUGCGAUGGUUGCCAAGAGGUUUAGGGAAAUGAGCAAUGUCCGAAGAGAUGAGUUUGAGGAGCACAUGACUAGGCUGGGAGCUCUGUCACAUCGCAACUUAUUGCCGCUUGUUGCAUUCUACUACAGAAAAGAUGAAAAGCUUUUAAUUUCGGAUUUUAUUGAAAAUGGAAGCUUGGCUAGUCAUCUUCAUACGACUGGGGGGAUAGGGCUCGAGUGGGGAAUCAGACUGAAGAUAAUAAAGGGAGUCGCCAGGGGAUUGGCGUACCUACACAGAGAGUUGCCGAGCCUCACGCUGCCGCAUGGUCACCUCAAGUCCUCCAACGUCCUCUUAGACCAUACCUUGGAGCCCCUCUUGACUGACUAUGCGUUGCUUCCCCUCGUCAACAAACCCCAUGCUCUCCGCCACAUGAUCGCCUAUACCUCCCCCGACUCUGACCGCGCCUCAAGAAAGACUGAUGUGUGGAGCCUUGGCAUUCUCAUUCUUGAAAUGCUUACGGGCAAGGUCCCAGCCAAUUAUCGCGGAAGGGGCGGGAAUGGGGACUUGGCAACGUGGGUGAACUCUGUCGUAAGAGAGGAGUGGACGGGAGAGGUGUUCGAUAUGAAGAUGAGAGGGACUAAGAAUGGGGAAGGGGAGAUGCUGAAGCUGUUGAAAAUAGGCAUGUGCUGCUGCGAAUGGAAGGUCGAGAGACGAUGGGAUUUGACGGAGGCUGUCGACAAGAUCGAGCAACUCAAUGAGCGAGACUCCGACUUUGAUGAGUUUAGUUCCAAUGCAAGUGAUGCCGAUAUUUACUCCUCUCGAGCUAUCACCGAUGAUGAUUUCUCUUUUUCAAUCACGGGCUGAUUCAUCAAUCCGCCACAUUUUUAAAUAAAUUUGUAGUUGACUCUAUACUACCAGCCUGCUGGUCUUUGUUUUCUUUUUCAAUUUGUGCAAACCACCUUUGUUACAUUAAGAUAAUCAUUUGAGCUAUACACAUUCUUGAAUAUCAAAUGCAUACAGGUUUUGAUCA